AUGAAUGUCAAGGAGCUGCUUAACAUGGAUCCCAGUGAUGAACAGUGGACAAAGAUGUGGGAGAGCCUGUGGGAUUCCAACUGGAACUUGGAUGAGAAACCACCAGCUUUUAUUGUCGACCAACAGAUCAUGGACGAUAUUCAUUCAAACCUAGAACGUCCAGACUCCCAAGCUGCACCAAGUACCGCAGAGUAUUCUUCUUUCUGCCUUCCCCCCCCUGGUUCUGCCACUCUGGUCUCAGGAACCAAUGGCAUAGACCCCGAAGAUGAUUCUCAAGUUAGAAACGAGCUAAGCGCACUCGAUGGACUUAUCAGGAUGAGCCCAGAGCUGGGUGUAGCUGAUGACGAUGAGCAUGUUGAGCCCUACCUGUCUACCGACAGUGGCAGUGGCCCAGGCGAUACUCUCGGCCCUGAGAUGCCAGUAAACCCUCCAGAUAGCGAACCUGAGACAUGGCCAGAUGAGACAAUGGACCCCACAGACAAUGUCGAAACACAUGCUGAGCCUCUUACCGACUUGGUCCCUCCUAGUGGGUUUGGAGAUGUGGAUAGUCCCAGCUGUGACAAGGAUAUUGAGGAGAGGUUCUGGAAUGAGAACCCUCGUCCCCAAAGCCUUCCUCCAAUUAGAACAAUCUUCGAUGCCAUCCACUCACCCACCCAGUCUACCCAACAACAAAAGCCAACAAAAAUCUGGAAGGAAAUAAUGGAGUUGCAUUUACCUCAAGAGACUGAAAAAAUAGUGAACAACAGCAAGACCAGAGACAAAGCAAGAUAUUACAAACAUAUUGCGAUCUUCCCUGAUGCACUACCAACAGUCAAUUGCCAGUGGCUGAUACACAGAGCAAUAAUCGAUGCCUAUGUUGAGAUGCUGAAAGACCUUACAGAUGAAAAGCUGCAGGACAUACUCAAGACCACUCAUCCCCAUCAUACCUCUACAACAAAGCACCCAUAUCAAUUGCCACGGUCCACAUCCAAUUGGUCCACCAGAGUAAUCACUGUAGAUGGAACAGCGCCAAUGGAACAGGGUGAAACACCAAAUCCUUUCUAUUCCUCUGUUAACACCGAGCUGGCAGCCUACCUGGAGAACCCUAAAUCCUGA